AUGGGGACUAAGUUUGAUGCCCUCGGCGGCUCCGGGUUUGAAAGGCAUGGAAAACGACCACAAAGGAAAAAGUCGAAAAGAAACGAUCAAGACAAGCCUUUCAAGAUAAGUCUUUCUCAUAACCCUUUGCUAGAUGACGAAUACGGUAGUGAUGAAUCCUAUUCUACCAAUACAGACACCUUUUUAAAUAGAUCUAACUGUUCUGACGAUUUUUCUAUCGAUCAAGAUGAUACACAGAUAAGUCAUGAUGUACAAUUCAAGAACGACGAUUUUAUCAAUAAUAAUAGCAAGAGGAGACUUACAAUAAAAAAAAAACACGAGUUAACCCCUACCUCGGUAUUACCAGAUUCCUCUCAGAACAUUUUCCAAUUUACCCAUUUCAAUAGAAUGCAAUCUGAAUCAUUUAAACACAUCUACGAAUGCGAUAAUAAUUGUGUAAUUUCGUCUCCUACGGGAUCAGGAAAGACAGUGCUAUUUGAAUUAGCCAUAUUACAGCUACUAAGAAUACCACAGGUCAUAAUAGAGAACUUGAAAAUCCUUUAUAUUGCACCAACAAAGUCUUUGUGCUCUGAAAUUUUCAAUAAAUGGAAUAAUAAAUUCAUAAACUUCUCUGUUGGGAUGCUGACGAGUGACACCUCUUUUCUUGAAACUGACAAAGUUAAAAAAUCAAAUAUUAUAAUAACAACGCCUGAAAAAUGGGAUCUAAUGACUAGAAAAUGGAAAGAUUAUAGUCGAUUAUUCGAAUUGUUCAAACUAAUCUUAAUUGAUGAGAUUCAUAUCUUAGGUGAAAAUCGUGGGGCUACAUUGGAAGUUGUCAUAACUCGAAUGAGUCGAAUGUGUCGAAAUAUAAGGAUAAUUGCAGUCAGCGCGACUAUACCAAACAGUGAAGACAUUGGAAAAUGGUUAAAUUCUCCAAAGGCGUCUUCUUUGGUGUUGAAAUUUGACGAUUCUUAUAGGCAAGUACAACUUAAAAAAUACGUAUGUGGAUAUACACUUAACUGUAAGAAUGAUUUCCAAAAAGACGUACUUUAUAACUCGAAAUUAAUGGAUAUCAUAGAAAAAUAUGGCAGAGACAAACCAAUUUUGGUUUUUUGUCCCACAAGAGCUUCAACAAUUUCAACCUCUAAGUAUCUAUCCCAAAAUUCGCCUGUUUAUGGUACGAAGGGUUCAUAUUCAAGAUAUGACGAUAAGCUACUCAACGAUUGUACGUCCAAGGGAAUUGCCUUCCACAAUGCAGGAUUGUCUCUAAAAGAUAGAACUUUAGUGGAGAAUGAAUUUAUAAAUGGUAAAAUCAAAAUUCUGUGUUCAACCUCUACACUGGCGAUAGGAGUUAAUUUGCCUGCAUAUCUAGUCAUAAUUAAGGGCACACGCAUGUGGAAUAUUUCAGAAACUAAGGAAUACUCAAAUUUAGAAAUUUUACAGAUGGUCGGAAGAGCAGGUAGACCUCAGUUUGAAAAUGAAGGUUGCGCUGUUAUUAUGACAGAUUUUAAUAUGAAAUCAAUUUAUGAAAAUCUAGUGAGUGGUAACGAUAUACUAGAGAGCAAAUUGCACCUAAAUCUCAUUGAGCAUCUUUGUUCUGAGAUAUCCUUGGGGACAGUUUCCACGACAGCAAAUGCCAUAGCUUGGUUGAAAAGCACAUUUUUCUACGUUAGGUUCAUGAAAAAUAGAUCUUCUUAUUAUCAGUUGAAUAGAUUUCUGAAACGUGGAGAAGAUGCUGAAGCCCAAUUAACUUUGUUUUGUCAAUCGUUGCUUGACAAUCUUUUAAAAGAACAGUUGAUUGAAUACAAUGAGGCAUCAUUCAGAUGUACUUCAUAUGGUCAUGCUAUGGUGCGACAUUACAUAUCAUUCGAGACAAUGAAAACAUUUCUUCAUGCCACAGACUAUCUAGGCGUAGAAGAUGUUCUAAAGUUGUUAGUUACGUCGAAAGAAUUUGAGGAUAUAAGAAUAAGACAAAACGAAAGGAAAUUAUAUAAAGAGAUAAAUUUAUCGCCUUUGAUACGAUACCCAUAUUUUACGCAGAAUAAACAAAGUCAGAUCAUUGACAAAACUAGUCAAAAAGUUUCAUUAAUAAUUCAAUAUGAGUUGGGAGGAUUAGAGUUUCCAUCAUUCGAUUGGGCAUAUAAGUUACAUCAAACUUUGGUUCAAGACAAAAUGCGGACGUUUAAACAUUGCUAUAGGUUGCUAAAAUGUUUAACUGAUAUGUUUAUUGAAAGAAAAGAUGGCCCAUCCUUAGAAAGUACACUGUAUUUAUUAAGAAGCGUAAAUGGUAAUUGCUGGGAAGACUCGGCAGCUGUUCUAAGACAACUAAAAACUAUUGGCCUUGUGUCAGUGAGAAAGCUUUUGAAUCAUGGAGUUACAACUCUUGAAGAUUUGGGAAACUUGAUGGAAAAUCAAAUUGAGUAUUAUCUAGGUUUAAACACAGGUGCAGGAAACAAGAUAAAAAAAGAUGUUUCCUUACUGCCUUUACUAAAUAUUAGAGGGAAGUUAGAUUACUGUUCAAUCACCACAGAGAACAGUUUGGACAUUACUUUUAAAGUUGAAGUUAGUGCCUCCUUCAAGUCAUCGAUAUGGCAUGGAAACCACUUAUCACUACACAUCAUAAUCUUCAGUGAUAGCGGGCUGUUAAUAGACUUUAGGAGAAUCCAACUUUCUCAGUUAGAAUACCCAAGAUCCUUUAAGAUUAACUGUGUUAUGAAGUCCAAAACGGAUAAACUAAAGUUUGCAGUCCACUGUCAAGAAGUAGCAGGCAUAGGAAAAGAGUUUACGUUUACAGUAACUGAUCUUCCAACAAACUAUGCCUCUAUACUUUCAAAUAGUGCAGAUAAUAUGACUUCUGCAAACCGCUUCUCAACUGUAGACACUUUUGGAAGUGAAAGUGAUAAUUUAUCACUCAGCUCUGACGAUAUCAUAUUUACUUAUCUAGCAGAAAAAAAGGCGGAGGAGCGCGACAUUUCAGGGAAGAAUGUUAGUUCUCCAAAACUUUCGACAGGACGAAAAUUGAUGGAAAAUGGGAACUAUCAGUGUAACCAUACGUGUAAAGAUCGAAAAAGAUGUAGACACCUCUGCUGUAAAGAAGGAAUUCCGAAAGAAUCUAUAAAGUUGAGAAAAAAUGCUGCGAUUACUGGUAAAUCUAAGAAUUUAUCAGAACAUGAUGCCUUGCAUAGACAGUCCCCAAUCUAUCGAAGUGGACACGAGGCUGUAAAGUUGUCCAAUAAAAGGCUUCCUGGCACUAGAGCGGAAGAAUGGCAUGAAGAUCUUGGUGAGCGUGAUAAUGAUGUCGCAACUGUUCAAUCCCAGUUAUUAUCCGAGAAUGGUAACCAUAACCAUGAUACUGUGGCAUAUGACAACCUGUAUUCUGCACAUGCGAAUAUAGAAGAGGUAGUCAUAUCAUCGAGCAGUAAUAUUAGUGAUAACCCAUUCCUAGAAGGAGGGAAAGUACAACAAGAGCGCCCUGUGAACUCAAAGAAGGAAAAUGUUGAAAUGCUGUCUGAAUUGGUCUCCGACUACGCCAAUGCCGAUACCAUCAGUGACAGUGACGCCGAUUUUGACUUCCUAGGAUCCAAUGUGGAUAUUUGCUAG